GAAUGUUUUUAUCGCUGAAAAAAUCCAUCGUUUUUAAUUAUCACCUGUGAUGUAAAUUAAAGUGAUAACGAAUAAUAAAUUAUAAAAGGUAAUUGAUAAUACUGUGUUGAAACACCUGUGUAGUUCACAGGAUAGUGGUUUAUUGCUAAGGAAUAUUUUGACGUGACUCAUAAACAUUGAGGAAAUAAGACAGUCUGACAGCAAUUUGAUAAGUUUAAAAGAUAUUUUCUUUAAAUAACUUUUACCAGUUUGUUUAAAUAACUCGUAUUAUGUAAAAUCAGGCACUUUUUCACAAGAAAUCAGUAAAAUAAUCAACAUAACCUAUGACUAGUCCGGUGAAGUUCUAUCCAACGGUAGAAGAAUGCCAAAGGAAUAACAAAGUAACGUGCCCCAUCGAAGCCUGUGGUGGGAUAUUCAAAUCACAGUCAAAUCUGCACCUCCACAUCCAACAGACGCAUAAGAAAACAGGCUUGAAACCUUCGGAUGUAGAAAAACAGUAUUUUUGCCCUGAAAAAUCUUGCCGUUGGAGUAACUCAAAGUAUUUUAAAAAUAUGAAAAGCUUAAGGCAGCACUACUUUAAGGUACAUAUUAAGAAAACUUAUAGCUGUUCUAAUUGUGAGAAAUCCUUUACUACUGACGUAUUAUUAGAGAGGCACGGUGAGUUUUGUAAUGUUGAGUUUAACUGUCUCGAUUGUAAAUCAUCCUACGAUUGUUAUAACACAUUGAGAACACACUGUAGAAGAAAGAGGCAUAGAAUCUUAGAGAAAAAUAAAUACAAGAAGUGUAAUAAGACAGAGGUACAGCCUUUUAUUGUUUUGAGGUUAAACCAGAGAAUUUUACUCCCGAAAGAACUACCUAAAGACCAGAAUAGUCAGACUAUUUUAGAAAAACCGGUACUAGAAAGCAAAAUGACUCAAGUCUCGGGAUUAGAGAGGAUAAUAUCUCAGGCAAGUCAACAAACUCAGACAAAUUCAAGGAAUUGUCUUUCCACAGUUGAAACCCAAACUCCAACAAAUUUUUCCAAACCUAAAGAGGUAUUUGAAGAAAAUUUCAAGCAUGUUAACACUCAAACUGAUAUAGUUGAAUCAAAGGAGUGUUCUUGCAAUACCUCGUUUACUUUAGACGAGCUUGAAUCAACUUUUAACAGUUACACAGAGAAAAAUACUUCCAGCACACAAACUUAUUCAAAAAAUCAAGAUAUUUUUAGUAUUUCUACAGCAACUCACGAUUCCAUCUAUACAGACACCUCAGACUUGCUAACAGACAGUUUGGGAGCAUUUGACAGUAACUUCUUCAACUGUAAUAUGGAAACUCAAACUGAUGUGAUGUUUGAUAGUGAUAUAUUCAACACAGACUACUAUACCAACAUGUGUACGCAGACUUGUAAUGAUUUUUUUAGUGGAUUCAAUGAUAAUGAAACACAGACAGUGUUUGAUGAGACACUUAGGUCAGUUCAGAGUCAAACAUUGAUGUCUACUCUGGAUAAUUCGAAUGUAGUAAGGGAUACAGCUCACUCAGAGACUCAGACUGAUACAGAAUUUAGACAUAUGUUAGAAAUAAUCAAUUCCUGACUGUAAGAGAUAUUUUUUGUUUAUUUAUGACUGUGUUAAUAAAGUAAUAAUAAAAA